GCACUGGAGGGGCGGGGCAGCCGUUAAGAAGCGCCGGUCCCCACCCGCGCCUGCUCUGCCCGCUGCAUCGCCGCUUGCUAGCACCAUGGCCCUGUCCAGCGACCCCGCCUUCAGGAAGCUCGCCGAGUGGUACAAGGCGAACGCCGCCAAGCUCGUCCUGAGGCAACUCUUCGAGGCCGACAAGGGCCGCUUCGAGACAUUCAGUGUGACUCUGAAUACUGAUCAUGGGGAUAUCUUGGUGGAUUAUUCGAAGAACCUUGUUACAGAAGAGAUCAUGAAGAUGCUGAUAGAACUGGCAAAGUCAAGAGGUGUUGAAAAUGCUAGGGAGCAAAUGUUCACUGGAGAGAAGAUCAACUUCACUGAGAAUCGAGCUGUGCUUCAUAUUGCCCUGAGGAAUCGCUCCAAUGUUCCAAUAUUAGUGGAUGGCAAAGAUGUAGUCCCAGAAGUUAACAAGGUGUUGGACAAGAUGAAGCACUUCUGUCAGAAAGUUCGUAGUGGAGAAUGGAAAGGCUACACUGGAAAGGCAAUUACCGAUGUGGUCAAUAUUGGGAUUGGUGGCUCAGACUUGGGUCCCGUUAUGGUGACUGAAGCCCUGAAACCAUAUUCCAAGGGAGGCCCUCGUGUCUGGUUUGUAUCCAACAUUGAUGGUACUCAUAUAGCCAAAACCGUGGCAGAGCUUAACCCUGAGACAACACUCUUCGUCAUUGCAUCUAAGACUUUCACCACCCAAGAAACUAUUACCAAUGCAGAAACGGCCAGAGAGUGGCUUCUUCUUUCUGCUAAUGAUCCUUCUGCUGUGGCCAAGCAUUUUGUCGCCUUGUCCACCAAUGGUCCUAAAGUUAAAGACUUUGGAAUUGACACUGAGAAUAUGUUUGAGUUUUGGGAUUGGGUUGGUGGACGUUACUCAUUGUGGUCAGCCAUCGGUCUCUCCAUUGCUCUACAUGUUGGUUUUGACAACUUUGAGAAACUGCUUGCAGGAGCCCACUGGAUGGACAACCACUUUCACACUGCUCCUCUGGAAAAGAAUGUGCCAGUUCUGCUGGCCAUGCUGGGUGUCUGGUAUAUAAACUUUUAUGGCUGUGAAACCCAUGCACUACUGCCAUAUGACCAGUACAUGCACCGAUUUGCUGCUUACUUCCAGCAGGGUGAUAUGGAAUCUAAUGGGAAAUACAUCACCAAGAAAGGCACUCGUGUGGACUACAAUACUGGCCCUAUUGUGUGGGGAGAACCUGGAACUAAUGGGCAGCAUGCCUUUUAUCAGCUCAUUCAUCAAGGAACUCGUAUAAUCCCCUGCGAUUUUCUAAUCCCAGUCCAGACUCAACAUCCAAUCAGAAAUGGCUUGCAUCACAAGAUCCUUCUGGCCAACUUUCUUGCUCAGACUGAGGCCUUGAUGAAAGGAAAGACUGCUGAUGAGGCUCGAAAAGAACUGCAGGCUACUGGGCUAAGUGGAGAUCCUCUGGAGAAACUUCUUCCACAUAAGGUCUUUGAAGGAAAUCGCCCAACCAAUUCCAUUGUGUUUACAAAACUUUCCCCAUUCAUUCUGGGAGCCUUAAUUGCUAUGUACGAACACAAGAUCUUUGUUCAAGGAGUUGUGUGGGAUAUUAAUAGCUAUGACCAGUGGGGAGUUGAGCUUGGAAAGCAAUUGGCUAAGAAAAUUGAACCAGAACUGGAUUCUGAUGCUCCGGUGACAUCUCAUGAUAGCUCAACAAAUGGGCUUAUUAACUUCAUCAAGAAGCAUAAAGCUUGACCUGAAAGAUUCAGAGGAUACCACCAGUCUAACUGCCGAACACCCAGAUCAAUGUUGUAGUAAUUGCUUUUCAGCUACUUUUAACCAAAAUAGCACUUUACACUUGGAGCCCCGUAACUUGUUGCAGCUAAUCCUGUUCUGUCAAAUGUGUUAGAAAUGAAAGCUAGUUUUGUGAACGAUUGUAUAGUUGCCUUCUAUUUUUGUGGUUGUCAAACUGUAAAGUGCAGCUAAUAUGUCCCUCACUACUCCCUCAAAGUUGAUCACAUGUACUAAAAUCAGAAAAUAAAAGACAGUGGACAGUAGAA